GGAAAAAUGUGACGGUCUAUGGGGAUGUGGAAACAGAUGUUCGGCUUUGUGGGAGAGUUUAGUAAAGCCCCUGAGAGAAGGAGAGAAAUAAAGAGAGGUAGAAAGGGAAAUGUAGAAAGGGAGAGGGGAGUGUCUGUUCAGAAAACUUCCUGUGAAGAGCUGCCGACAUACAGAGCUGAUCUAGAGAGGGAAGAAAGGAGCAAAGAAAGCUGGCGACAUCACAAGGUCCUACAGGUGAAACCAUCGAGUUGAAGCCACACCGUCAGCAUGGGAAAGCAGAACAGCAAGCUCCGUCCCGAGGUGAUACAGGACCUGCUGGAAAACACCGACUUCACUGAGCAUGAGAUCCAGGAGUGGUACAAGGGCUUCCUGCGGGACUGUCCCAGCGGCGCGCUCAGCAUGGAGGAAUUCAAGAAGAUCUACGGCAACUUCUUCCCCUAUGGAGACGCGUCAAAGUUUGCCGAGCACGUCUUCCGAACCUUCGACGCCAAUGGAGACGGAACGAUAGAUUUCAGAGAGUUCAUCAUCGCCCUGAGCGUCACGUCACGCGGCCGUCUGGACCAGAAGCUGAAGUGGGCCUUCAGCAUGUACGAUCUGGAUGGGAACGGAUACAUAAGCAAGGCCGAGAUGCUGGAGAUCGUACAGGCCAUCUAUAAGAUGGUUUCUUCAGUGAUGAAGAUGCCAGAGGACGAGUCCACACCUGAGAAACGCACGGAUAAGAUCUUCCGCCAGAUGGACACCAAUCGUGAUGGUAAGCUGUCACUUGAAGAGUUUGUAGAGGGUGCUAAGAACGACCCAUCGAUCGUGCGACUGUUGCAGUGUGACCCCAGCAGUGCGGGACAGUGAAUCAGCAGUGUCUCACAACCUCUCUUACACAAGUCUUUUCUCCUUCCAACAUCAGCAGAGCACAGACUCCAAACCACAUCCCCAUCUCAGUGUCUGUGGGUGUCCCUCUGAACAUCCAUUCAUCUCCCACAGACACGCACUGGGGAACAGUGAAAACCAGCCAUACAGAGAUCAUACACACUAAGAAGCUUGUGUUCAAUUCUCUCUCUCUGGUUUUUCAGUUCCUCAUAUAAAGCUUUUUUUGCAAUUUAACACAACAGGCAGUGAUGCUAGUGACAUUUGACGUUUGGUACUGAAAUAAAUCCCCUCCAAAAGGGCUUUAAAUAUUAAAAGGGAGUCGAAGCAAACUUUUCCAAGCAUGCAAAAUGCACCAGAUAAUUUAACACUCCAAAAUAUAAUUUAUUUAAUAGUUAUUUUUAAGAAUUUAAUAAAUUUAACAAAUGUUAUUUCUAGUGUUCCUAGUGUUUCAGUUCCAUUGAGCAUAAACAUCUAUUUAAAAGAGGCUCUUGGAUGACAUAUCAGGUUUUAUACUUGAGUUUUUUUUUUUUGGGUUUUUUUUUUUUACAUGUAUUGCAUUAUGAUGUCAGAGCCUGAUUCUUAAGGGGUGGUUUUAAUGAGCAUCAGUAUAACCUUUCAAACUAAAUAAUAAUAAUUCUUUUUUAAAAAAAUACUUUUUGUAACAUUAAAGCUGCAGUAGGUAACUUUUGUAAAAAUAUAUUUUUUACAUAUUUGUUAAACC